CUGUUUCAGAUCCUCCCAGGAACGUCUCAGUGUCCGUCACUGAUUCUGGUCAGCUUUUUUCUGAUUCAGUGAGUCUGAUGUGCAUCAGUGACUCAAACCCUCCUGCUCUGAGCUUCAGCUGGUUUAAGGAGAAUCAAAGCUCAGCUGUUGGAUCUGGACAGAGUUUCAGUGCAGUACAGAGUGGACGCUUCUACUGUGAGGCUCACAAUCCACAUGGAGCUCAGAGAUCAGACGCCGUCACUGUCACUGUUCAUGAACAUGCUGAGAGAAACAUCAUCAUCACAGCGACAUCCGUAGGAGUAUUAAUCAUCUUCAUCAUUAUCAUCGUCAUCAUCGUCCUGUUUAUUAUAAAGAAACAAAGGAGUGUUAAAUCUGAAGGUCUCAUAGUGACGCAGAAUGAUCUGUAUUCUGAUGUGCCACAGAAAACUCAAGUUUACGACAAUCCAGUUUGUGACCCUGGACCAGUCGAUGAAGCUCCGUAUGAAACUGUGAAUCCCAGAAUAAGUGCUGAAUGCAGAGGUGCUGAGGAGAUCCAGUACGCCACUGUCCAAUAUCACAAAAACACACCGAAGAAGAAAGAGGAAGAAGAGGAGCAGCGUCAGUGUGACAACACACCAGUUCAGCAGCCUGAUCAAGACCACAGGCAAGAAAAUGUGGAAACUGUGGAGGAGUCUGUGAUUUACAGUAUGCUCAAAUGAGUGUCCAUGGGAAAUUAAUGAAUAAUAGUUGUGGUUUCAGAUUAGUUUAAUGAUACUAUGUGAAUUUAUGUUAUUAUUGAGCUUGUCUGAGUGUAAUCUGUUAAAUGUUGUCUACUGUUUCCAGUAAUAUCUGGAUGCAGCCUUUAUGAUGCAAGCUGAGAUGUCGGACACACUGCACUCAAUGGAGCUAGUGAUGUCACUGUUAGGGGCGGGGUUAGGUGAGUCCAUUAAAAAGCAGGUUUGCUCCCGGAGCCUUCUCGUAGUUUAACAUUACUUUCAGUCUAAGUUUGAGUAGCUUAGAAACCUAAACAACUCUGAGGAUGAUAGAGAAAUAUAA